AGGACGCACGUGUGUGUGUUGUAAUCCUGUACAGACUGUGUCAUUCGCGUGCUGCUCGGCAUGUUUAGAGUUUGUUUUUAACGACUGUAGUUAAUUUAAGAAAAUGUCGAAAAAGCGUAAAACCGAGUGCUUGGAGGAAUCCAACCCUGGUAAUGUUAAGAAGGCUAAAGUGAUGGAAGUUGAGUUCACUGGGACUCAGUUUAAAAGCAUGCUGAAAGAGCCUGCGAAAGCGUGGAAAGGAUUGGAUGUUUUUAUAUCCAUUUCUAAAACAUUACCCAGUUGUGAAUUAUAUGAUGUUGUAGAAGGCUAUAUUAAAAUCUCGAUGGAAUGUGCCGAAAUCUUUAAAUUGCUGGAGGGAGAAAAGCAUCAAGAAAGUGAGAUGGUGUUGAUCUUUCAAACCCUGGAAGCCAUCUUGCUGCGGACAGCCAGUGAUCUGUCCCAUUUUAGCAUGGUGGGCAUGGCCAUUGUGAAAAAAGUUAUAAGCAGCCACAUGAAAUUGAUCUAUGCUGCUUUGUAUUCGGACAGCCACAGGUAUGUUCGACUGUGUCUUAACUUGCUGUCUGCAAUGGUGUCUCAAGGGCCAGAUUCUGCCAGGGAAGUCUUUAACCACUUCGAUUUCAGCAAAAGUCUCUCUGGAUUGGCAAAGAAACGUGACAGAAAGGGGAAACCUGAUGUCCGCAUGGCUUACACCCAGUUUGCUCUUUCUUUUAUCAUUACUGGGGAUGCUAACACAGUAGGAAAGGUGCUGGAGCUCAAAGAUUUCAUUCCUGACAUUUUAAGUACAGGAUUAAAGGAAGAUCGGAUUUCUACCAUCAACCUCCUUUUAUCCACGCUGCAAACUAAGGUUGUUCAAAAUAAAGCUAUUAAUAAAACUCAGAAGGUUCGUUUCUUCAACGCUGUUGUUUUAAGCCACAUUGCUUCGCUGUACAGGUGGAAUGGGAUUGUUGAUGCCUGCUCAGAUGAGAAAAAGGAUAUUGAGCUCUCCAAAGAAGCAGGGAAGGUUCUAGUUAGCGAGUUGGCUCAUAAUUUCCUGCUGGAUCUCUGCUGUUCACUCAAACACGGCAUUAAUUUUUACGACUCUAGCCUUGGUACAGCUAAAAGAGCUGGGAACAUUGUUCUAUUGAAGUUUAUUGUUGGUUUAAAGACAGCGACUGAGGAGGAGAUUGUGGGUGAUCUGGUGGUCAAUAUUCUGAAAGUGUGUCCAGAUUUGCUCCAGAGAUACUUCAAGGAAACGCAGUACUCCUUUGUACCACGUCAGAAAUCUGCUUGGCUUAACAAUAUCAAGCUCUUGAGGAAGAUUUAUGAAGCCCAGCCUGAAAUUUCCAAAGCCUUCAACACCAGAGAGUUUAUUCCUCUUCCUCGUCUGCUGUCUAUGGUGAUGGUAACCACCGUCCCUUCAGUUUGCAACAAGGCAAUGUUCACCCAGGGACUCAAUCUGGAUAACAAAGUAGUGAAGCAUACAAUACUAUCUCUGGUUGCAUUCAUACUGAAGAGAGUGCUGAAGAACGUUGAAUACUGCCUAGAUAAGAAAGUGUGGCAGGGCUCGGAUAUCUACUCUGCCAGUGUGAUGGAGGAAUUUGCCCAGCAGUAUAGAGAAGCUCUUAGCAAGGAGCUGGUCUCCUGA